GGCCGGCGGUUCAGUUUCAGUGUCGCUCUGACUGCCGGCGCUGUUUGUUCUUUUGCGCGCGCUCUGAGCCGCGGUUGUCGUGCCGCCUCUUUUGCCGCCCGCCGCCGCCCUGCCAUGGGCCUUCGGCCGCCCGCCGCCCUUCUCGGCUAGACCGCCCCAGCAUGGCCCUGCUCACCUGGACGCUCAUCGCGGUGUUCCUGCUGUGCAGCAGCCACCGGCACCUGACCCACGUUAACGGCCUAGGGUCAGUGGCCGGCUCUCCAGGACCCCCGCUUCAGUCAAUGGAUUUAUUAGGCGCUAUGGGAUUGUCUAACGUAUCAUGGACGGGAAUCUCUUUGGCUCCCGGUUACCUCAAAGGCAAGCCGGCCUACCUUUUGGAAGGCAACAGACACGAUCUUAGGCUACCUUCGGAUGCUUUUCGGGAAGCUGCCGCCCUUUUGCGUGGCGGCUCCGAAUUUACGAUUGGUGCCUGGCUUCGACAGGAAAUUGAAAAUACGGGUACAAUUUUUAGUGUUUCGAAUGGUCCUAUCAGAUUUUUAGAGGUACAGUCAAGCGGUCGCAGAAAUGAAAUCCGGCUACACUACACAUCUCUCCAAGACAGACGAAUAUACAUGGAGAGUUUCCAUUAUCGUCUGGCUGAUAACAUGUGGCACCAUUUAGCGGUCACUGUUAGCGGCUCUCAAGUCGAAGUUUUGGUGGAUUGUCAUCCACUUUACAAAACGGUUCUCAGGCCAGGACAGCCUGAUAGAAACGUCACUGAUCAUCACCAGAUCUGGGUUGGUCAGAGGCAUAAUCAUUACUUCUUUAAGGGUUUUUUACAAGACGUGAGAUUAAUAGAGGGCUCCCAUGGAGUCUUGGCUGUGUGUCCUCAACUGGACGUGACGUGUCCCACCUGCGGACAAUUCCUGAUUGUUCAGACUGCUGUACAGAAUUUAGAACGCAAACUCCUGGAGCUAUCGCAAAGGGUAGCACACGCAGAAUUGCGAUUAACCAGAGUGGAAGACUGUGACUGUCAGAAAUCCUGCAAAUCGAACGACACCAUCCAUGCCGAUGGAUCAACUUGGCAAACCGGGUGCAAAGUAUGCUCAUGUAAGGGAGGCAACAUUUCGUGCCACCCGGUCGAAUGUGCACCCACUGAUUGCAAACACCCGGUAUUUUUGGAUGGAGUAUGCUGCCAAACUUGCCUAAAACAGUGUUAUUUUAAUGGGGUGAUGUACGACCACGACGAAGUAGUCACAGUGGAAAAGUGUAAGGACUGCAAAUGUGUGGACGGUUCGAUGGACUGUAAAGUGUACGAUCCGAGAGACUGUCCGGAACUAAAUUGUGCUCUCGAUCAGCAGAUUCGUGUUUCUGGCAGCUGCUGUCCAAUUUGUAAAGGAGUCGACUAUUGUGCCAAGGGUCAGUUCUGCCACUCUAACGCUACCUGCCGCAACUUGCAAACUACUUACGCUUGUCAAUGUGACCAAGGCUUUAGGGGAGAUGGACGAGUGUGUACUGAUAUAGAUGAAUGCCAGCAAGAAGGAGGCCGAGAAGGCCAUCAUUGCCACUCCAACACCCAUUGCGUAAAUACGCCCGGCUCGUACGAGUGCCACUGUCUGGAUGGGUACGUGCGAGUGGAUCGCUUCAACUGUGCUGAGCUGGAUGAAUGUUCAACAGGCGCCCACAAUUGCCAUUUGAAUGCAGACUGUGUCAACACUGAGGGCAGCUACAAGUGCCAAUGCAGAGACGGGUAUGAAGGAGAUGGAUACCAAUGCACUCCGAUUUGUACACCAGGAUGCCUAAACGGAGGUGUGUGCCUCAAGCCAGGCCAAUGCUCAUGCCCAGGAGGGUACACUGGAACCUCAUGCGAAAGAGAUUUGGAUGAAUGCGCUACCAAUGCGCAUAGAUGCACCAAUUCCUCCACAUGCAUCAACAUGAUGGGUUGGUACUAUUGCCAAUGCAAACAUGGCUAUGAAGGACCAGUACCAGACAACAACCUUGGAACUUCAUGCGUGGAUAUCGAUGAAUGCGAAGAAUCUCACCACACCUGCCAUUCAUCGGCUCAAUGCGUGAACAAAGACGGAGGCUUCGAGUGUUCAUGUCCACGAGAAUCGGUCGAUUGUCGAUACAGUUGCGUCUAUGAAGACCGGGAAGUCGCCCAUGGAAUUACGGUUCAAUCGAAGUUCAAUCCUUGUAUGAGUUGCACGUGUAAAAAAGGCGUAAUCAGUUGCGAGCAACCGAAAUGCGACUGCACCAAAUCCUCCUCGGAUGCAUGCUGUCCUCAAUGCGACUCCAGACAUGCUUGCAGACAUCAGGAAUUGAAUGAUGUUUUGUUUAUGCAUGGCGAAAGAUGGUCCUACCAGUGUCAAACCUGCGAAUGUCUCUUCGGUGAAAUCGACUGCUGGGAGUUAAAAUGCCCACCACUGAUCUGCUCCAACCCCAUUCAUUCACCAGGCGACUGUUGUCCUCAUUGCGGAGAUUUAUGCUCCCUGGGAAACUACUCAUCAAACUUCGGAAGCAACUGUACAUUGAAAAGCGUCAUGUAUCAGUCGGGUUCGGAAUUUUUGGACCCCGAAGAUCCGUGCGUUACUUGCAAAUGCAAGGUGCCGUUCUGCGCAGAAUUGGACGGGCAACUAUGCUGCAAUGUUAAUUACCAUUGCGGCAACUUUGCAGCGAUGGGCUACGAUGGAGUGGUUGCCUCCAAUGAACCGCUUAGUUCGACGACUGUUUCGGUACGUAUCGCUUCCGGCCAAGCUGCUUCUUCGAGCAUUGUUCGUCGACCUAGAGACACUUCUAACAAUAUCGUUUCUGCAACACUUCAAGUCCCUUCGAGUGCGACGCCCUUAUCUAGACAUGUUAUUGAUAAUAGUGCCGGUAAAUCUAUGUUUGCGCGUAAGUCAGCUACGGCUCCGGCCCCUUUCGGACUUUGGAAGAAAGGUAGCAAGUCUGAGAUGUUCGGUAAUGGACGCUUGGGAAGUGACAAAAAAUACUGGCAGUUUGAUCAGAUGCCACCACCAGGCGGCUGAAGCUUGUCCGCGAAGAGCCCGGGGAAAAGCGCUGUUGGGUGUUUUGUAGCAGGAUACGAUUCGAAAUGACUGGAAUCUCUUCUUGGUCAAUUUUGACGGUUGUUAGGGAAAAAAGGCUGAAAUGAGUAUUAUAGGUAACCUUAAUAAAUAAAUGAUGGCCAAUAUGCGGUUUUGCAUUUCAAUUUCAAGUCAAUAGACUUAAUGCUACAAUACGCGUUAAUCGUCGAGUACACUGCUUGUAAAUGUUGUAUUUAGAAUUGGGAGAAACAAACAACGAUUUUUAACUAUUUAGAAUUAAACUAAUAGCCAAAUUGCAUCAGACAGGAACAUCGUCUGGCAUAAAUGCUGUAACUUUAGUUCCUAGACAACAACAGAAUUUUCUAUGUAAAAACACAUUCUUUAAGUCUUUUCAGGUUUUAAUUAGUUUACUGAGUAAAUCGGUGAAGAUUUAUCAUAUAUAUAAGCUUAAGCUGUAAAAACUAUAAUUUUUUUAUAGCAGCUUCAAUGUUGAUGAUUUUUAAUAUCUUGUGUAAGUAAACAAAUAUGUAUAAAAAACCAACGAUUAAUAAAAUACUGUUAACUAGAAGGUAAAGCGUAUUUUGGAAAAUUUGAAGAAGGUUCAAGAUAGAAAACCGUCGAUUUUUAUCGACAACAACAACACAUCAUCAAGUUCAUACAACAGCCUUUAAAGCUUCAUAAAACAAUUUGUAAUCCAUCGCUAUUUUUUCAAUUGCAUUCAUUAAAAAAUGGUGGGCCACUUUUGCAAUUUUAUCAAAAACUGGCUAAUUUUCGAGCUUUGUUACCAGAGAAAUGUCAUCUAACCCGCGUAACCUUUUCCAUUCAACUAAUAAGAAAAAUGCGCCUAUGCACCAUCAAGAGUUUUACAUAUACUUUGCAAAAAUCCCUAUUUAGUUUGUGUAAAAUAAAUACUUUUAUAGUUGCACAUUUCCUGCUAUUGCUUUAGAACCGUCUGGAAACUCUCAUGUUUAGUACUGUCGUUCAGGAGGAACUCUUAAUAUGAACAAACUUUCUUAAUAUAAGCAAAUCAUUUGAACGAAGUUGUAAAAUAGUCCUUAUUUGUAACAGCAAAAUUACCAAAAUUCACACAUUGAUAGUCUACUCUUUCUGCUCAUUGAUUAUCCCGUUCCUCCUGCUUAUUAAGUAAAUUCUAGUAAAAUUUUAGCAGAAAAGCAAAAUUUUUUAUUUUUUUGCCACAAGAAUACGGUAGAAGAAAUUUGAAAAACACAGAUAGUAGUACGUGGAAAAUUAGGCAAAUAUUUUUAAAACGUCUUAUCUAGUUUCGUCUAUUUUUUUAUAUUUUCAAUAUUUAUAUGUCAAUUUUCUUAUUUUCUUUUGAAUUGUCACUUGUCAAUUCCACCUCCCAACACAUCAUUAGUUUUUACAUCUUUUGAUUUAAAUAAUUAAAAAAUACUGCAUUCAAGCAGUUACAAGUUCGUUUAUAGACUUUUCCCAAAAAUCGUAAACAAAAAACAAAUCAACAUACAGAUGUUAUAAGACAAGCACCAACGAAAAUAUGCAUCAAAGUGAUUUCAAUUAAAAACAAAAUUUGAAAACCAAAUAAGUUGCAAAAGUUACAUUUUCCAGUAACAAGUAUUUGGAAAAAACGUCUUAAUACUGAACCGUACAUAAAUGUUUGUGAUGUGCAAUGCUUAUAAUUUUAACAGUUGCCUUUCUUCACAUAGAAUAAAUAAUGUUAAUAUGAGAAUAUCGAAUGCUUCGGAGGCCAGUUGAUUCCAAUUAUACCUCACCUAGUAAUUUAUUAUCAAAUUUUUCACUUGUAAAAGUUCAAGUUAGAUUAUUGUGUCUAUUGUCUGUUUAAUUACAAAAUGUCCGUCGAAUUUAAAACGUUUUCUACAUUCUAGGCGUUGCUGCUGAUAGGCCAUAAAUUAAUUCAAACCCGGCAAAGUGUUGCAAUCAAUGUCUUGUUGUUAAAACGUAUAGUUUGUUAAAACCAGCUUUUCAUAGCCGAAACUAUUAGUAAUCACAUGAUAAUAAAACCUUACCCUACCUUACAGUACCAUGCCUAAAGUAUACAAUUAAUUAAACUUUGGAAAGACAAUAAUAAACUAAUGUUAGAAUAUUAAAUUUUGUGCAGAAAUAUGUGGCCUAUUUAUGAGGUUCAGUUUUAGUGAACCAGUCUGUAUUUUUAAUUUACUUUUAAGCUUGUUGUAAAUAAAUGUAUCGCCUUCUUAGAAGAGUUAGCCUAUACUGUUGAAAUUCAAUAUUGAUAUCAAUUGCUCAGUUUGAAACAGCAAAUUACCUCAGAUUGGUUCUCAGUAGUUUCUUGACAAUUUAUAAUUGAUAAUCGGAAACGUUUGCUGCUUCAAAUAGCUCAAUAUUCAUAAGAUUCAUGUUUUAUAUAAGUAACCUAGCUAGAUUAGAGUAUGUAUAUUGGAGGCUGCAAAAUUUCUAAACCGCAUCGUCACACGUUUAGACCGAAUUGGACACAUUUUUUAAUAAAAUCAAUUAUGUGGUUUGAUGGAUAGGAAUUCCUAAUUGUUGUAGCUAAAUAUACACCAUUAUACAUUAAUGCAUUUUUUCGUUUGCUGUUUGAUGUCAUCUCUCCUGUUAAGCAUUGUAUAUUAGAUAUUGUAAAAACACUUAGGAUUAGUUAAUUUAAUACUGUUUAGUGUCGUAAUAAUGGUGGAUAAUGCGUAUCGUGACCCACAAGAUGUUUAUCUAAAUCCGCAAAGUAGAGUCUUGUGAAAAUAUUAUUCGAUUUUUCCCCAAUUAGGUUUAAAUUUUUAAGAUAGCAUAAUAUUCUGAAUACUUUCUAAAUCGUUAAGUAAGCCAUUAGUUAAUUUUUAUGUUGGAAAAAAUUUAUAUGUAUAUUCCUGCAACGGAAACGGUAAGUUUUACGGUUAAAAUGCACCGAUACGCAUUUACAAAAAAAAUAUAUUUAACCCACCCCUGAUCCACUCACUGAUUAACUCAAUGAUAGAAAAUAUUAUAAGGCUUUAUUUUGUAUCAAGGCUUAAUGAUUGGGUAGAAAAAGAAUUAAAUAUUGUCUUCCUACAUUUCCACUUUUCCUGUUUUUGUCGAAGUUUAUGCGCACAUUUAUAAAUGACGUGUGGAAAAACGAAAAAAAAAAAGAAAAAUUAAAUUAUCGAUGUUAAUUAAUUAAAUUAAUCAAUCAGGGAAUGAUGGAAAGCAACGGGUUUCGAAUUGGUAAACAUGAGCCUCAAAAACUAAAGUGUCCACAACAUAUUGAAUGAAAUCGGACUGAAAACGCGUUUCGCUAGAUUUCAAAUAAAACGCGAAAUCUCACUGAUGUUGCUGUUUAAGCGAAGACCAAAAGUACAACUUGUUAAGCAUUAAUCAUAAUUGCUUUCUCUGAAAUUCAUUAAUUAAUUACUCUAAUAGUCAGCAAUGCGAUUUUGCAUGAACGUUGGUUCUUCAUCUAAUUGCGAUGAUUGAUAAAUCCGCUCAGUUCAUUAAUAUAAAUUACUUUUGAAGUUGCGCAAGCAUUUUUUAUGGGCUUCCACUUGAUGCAGUUGAAAUAGAUAAUUUCUUUAGUCUUCCGCACAUUUUAACUUUAUAUCUGAUACAUUUGAAACUAGUUGUCAUGUUUUAUUGAUUCACUCAAUUUUUUAAAUUUGCGUUGGCUUAAUAAAAACUAGUUGUCCAAUUUUUUUACGCAACUGAUAAAGUUAAGUAAUAAAAUCGGGAAGAUAAUCUACAUGUAAUAUCAUAAUGAAGUUGCUCUUUAGAAAAACCUUUAUAAUACUACUGUGUUAAAAUUUUGAGGAACUUUUUUUAACUGAUUAUGGAAUUACCAGAUUACCAAUAACAUAAUAAAAAAUCUAGUACAGAACGAAACUUAUAAAUGAUGAAUUAUUAUUACUAGUAAUCAGUGACUUAUUUAAUGAUGAUGAGCCUGAAAAAAAUAAAGCCUUAGAUAUCGUAAAUGUAUAGGCAUAACACGGCAAAGUUAAUUAACUAAUACAAAAUGAUGAGUAUAGCGCGAAAAUUGGCUCUAAAAGCGACCGCCGCACAAGUUUCACUUACUUUCUAAGAAAAAUUAUAUAAAAACUUACAAAACAAAUA